AUGGCGGACUCCCAAAACCCCAAUAUCCCUCAAAACAAACCUCCUCCUCCUAAAAUUCCUUCCGAAAUCACAAAUGGUAGCCCCAACACCAAAGCUAACGCCAAAGUCUCGGGCCAGAAGGUCCACUACCCCAACCCGCCAGACGCGGCAAACCCGGACCCCGCAACACUGAGGGAGCAGUGGAGAUUUGCAAUCCGGCAGUACAGCAAAUGGUACUCCCACGCUUGGGGCACAGCAAUUCUCGCGGGUCUCUCUUUCUUCGCUUUGGGUUGGAUUAUCAAGGGUUCUAAUCCUCUUCCCUCUUUCAAGAGAGACGAUUCUUCUUCUGCCCCUUCAUCUCCUAAUGAUGCCAGCGAAGCUCGCCGGUGAAACGUGAGUGUGAUUCUUAUUCUGGGUUUUGUGAAGGUUUCAUUAGUGAAUUCUGAUUUUGAUUUUGGGAGUGAGCUGUAAUUAUGAAUUAUAGAAUCUGUGGCCUUUUGGCUUUGAAUAAGAGAAAGUCUUGGAUUUUUGGCACUGUGAGGAGUAACAAGUAAAAGACUUGGUUAGUCAAGAAAUAAUAUGGUUUAAACAAGGAAUUCAAGUGUACAGCUUUAUCUGAAGUGAUGUAAUGCGUUCUUCUAGUUCCAUGUUGGUGCUGUCUUGGAUGUUUAGUGGCUCUGGUGGUACACAUUUUUAUAUAUGCUAGUGCAUCUGGAUCGCCUAAUUUACUUGAGAUGGAUUAGGAGGCACAUAAUCUAUGCUUUUGGGCAUGUCUGGUGAUAUAUGCCACUGUUUAUUAGGAACCACUGAAAGCUCCCAGAAUGCCAUAAGAAAAAUGAAGACGAAGGCACAGCAUCAGCAGAUCAGCAGGUCAACAGAUCAAUUUUCUCCUGGUUUUGAUGUACAAUAUCAUAAAAUUUGAGUCUCAUGUUGUUGGGGUCUGGAGUAAUAUCAUCCUUACUUUUUUGUAUGUUCAAAAUAUGCAUGUUAGCGUGCAUGAUUCUCUCUCAGAACAAGUGUUGUAGGGAACGCUUGGAAAGUCUAAAAAUGAAGAAGUUUAAUUUAAUUAAAUUUUUA